AUGGGGUCAAUACAUUCAUCCAUUAUUUCCAUCACCUUCCCAAAGAGCAAGAAGGACCACGUUGAAAAGUUCCAGUGGCGCUCCCCGCGCUGUCGUGGAGCACCUCUGUGGACAAGCCAUCUCGGGAUACGGAUGCGCAGCCUGCAGCCCUCCUGCCACGCUAGACACCCCUGCGGCUUGGCCCUCGGUGGCCAAGACACCAGUCGAUCGAACCGCCGCGACUUGGAGAUCUGGUUUUCAGGCACGGGAAUUCCCGAGACAUUUGGUAGAGCGGCAGAAACCCGCGUGCCGCCUCCUUCGUGA